AGUCCCUGCCGGCUCCGGCGACAUGGCUGAUCCCAGAGAGCCCAGCGCUGCCGGAGAGUCAGGUGGCGCAGCCGCUGCCAUUCCGCAGAUCCCGGGGGCACCCCACGCACCAGGGCCUGGUGGAGACGCAGCACCCGGAGCCGGAGUUCUGAGUAACCGAGUCUACCAGUUCAGCCUCGCCAUUCCUUUCUCAUCACACGCGCAGGCGGACAACGCCCGCCACCUCCUGACUCGACGUACUCAGCUAAGAUGGCCGGUUCGGAGGGACCUCUACGUUAAUGGCCACAUGUUGGUUCUCCGAUUGACUUCUGAAGACCCUGGCCUGUUCCAGAUGGCUGUGGCCUUCUAUCUGCAGCAGCUGUACCUGGUGAUGUGGGCCUUGCAUCGCUUUGUGCAUCCCCUUUUUGCUUAGUCUCAGCACAGGAGAGGGCCUUAAACCUUGUCUAUAUGCCCUAGCAUUAAGUGUCCUUCUCUAGAGCAUUGCUUUCUUGAAGUAGUUUGAGCAGAUCUCAAAUUGUGUCUGUGGUACUGUUUGGGGGCUCAGGGUCCACGUAGUUUGUUUGAUGAUUGUUAACUGCAGAAAAUAAAACUGAGCUACUGUGCUGUCUCUGA